UAGGCUAGAGCAGGAGGAUGGGUUCCAGCCCAGAAGGCAUCCAUCCCAGGCUAGGGGAGGAUGAGGGACACAGGGAGGCUUGUCUGAAAGGAAGGACGGGGCUGGGGCUGCGGCUGGCUGGUACGUGCACCCAGGCUGGGAGCUCUGUUUCUUUGUGAGCAGGGCUCUAGGCCUUUGUCAUCUUCACUCCUUUUCCCACCUUGGGCUAAUCCCACCCCUGUUCCCCUCUAAUUCCCACAACCACUUAGUCCCUCAUUGACUCUCCAAAGUCCCCUUCUCCCUUGCGGCCCCUCCAUGGCCCUACAAAGAAUCAACUCCAUGCAGGUAGGAAGCCCAUUAGAGAGUAAUGGAGACCUCCCAAAGGGAAGGCAUUCUGUCAUUUAGUUGUGUGUGCUGGACCCCCUACUCUCUCAAGGCAAUUCCUUGCAAGUUUACCCCUCCCCUGGCCCAGACCCUAAGGCCACAUCUCCCCACCCUCAGCUGCGUCCCCACCGACCCAGCCCUUCUGCCCACCAUGGCCAAGAGCGGAGAGGUCCCACCCCGAGCCAGCCCUGCCUCCACCUCGGACCCCCACAUCAUCAAGGUGACAGUGAAGACUCCCAAGGACAAGGAGGAGUUUGCAGUACAGGACACUUGCACCAUCCAGCAGCUGAAGAAGGAGAUCUCUCAGCAUUUCAAGGCUCACCCUGACCAACUGGUCCUUAUCUUUGCUGGAAAGAUCCUCAAGGACCCAGACUCCCUGGUCCAGUGUGGCAUUCAUGAUGGGCUCACCAUACACCUAGUCAUCAAGAUGCAGAAGCGGGGUGGGGGACCAGAAUGCCUGGCCCCUGGCCAGCUAGCCCCAUCGCCUCCACCCCCUCCAUCCCCACCACCAGUCCCAGUCCACCCUGGCGGAGCACACUCCUUCACUCUGGGUGUCCUCAAGGGGCUCAGUGGAAUGGGUCUCACGUCUGGCAGCUUUCCUGACCUGCAGAGCCAGCUGUGGCACCACAUUUCUGUGCCCGAGCUGGUGGCCCAGAUUAUCGAUGACCCCUUCAUCCAGGGCCUCCUCUCCAAUACGGGCCUGGUCCAUCAGCUGGUCCAUGACAAUCCCUACAUGCAGCAACUGAUCCAGCAUAACCCAGAGAUUGGUCAUAUCCUCAACAACCCAGAAAUCAUACGCCAGACCCUAGAAUUACUGCGUAACCCAGCCAUGAUGCAGGAAAUGAUGCGGAGCCAAGACAGGGCACUCAGUUACCUGGAGAGCAUCCCUGGUGGUUAUAAUGCCUUGCGGACCAUGUACACCGAUGUCAUGGACCCUAUGCUAAAUGCAGUGCAGGAGCAGUUCGGUGGGAACCCCUUUGCAGCUGCUGCCGCCACCUCCAGUACCAACAGUUCAGGAUGUAGUCAGCCCUCUCGGACUGAGAACUGUGACCCCCUCCCCAAUCCCUGGGCCAGCCAAUAUGGGAUCACAGCUGGAGGAUGGGAGUGGCAGCAUGGGGGCCAGGAUUCCAGGCAUGUCACACUCAGAUCAAACUCCCAAGAAGGGUCUCCUGGCUUCCCAAGCAUAGGGCUAGCAGGCUACCUACAGCAGGUCCCUGAUACCCCACAGGGCCUGGGUGCUUACUUGCAGAGGCCGCCAUCCCUUCUGGGUCUUGAUCAAGAGCCUGGUCCAACAACUCUAUCAGGUGGCCAUGUGUCCCCCACAGUACCCCCAGCCCAGCAGUCUGGGACCAGACAGUCCUUACACAAAGAGCCUCUUGCAGUCAAAGCCAAGUCCACCUGCCCUGCAUUUCUGAGACCCUCUACAACUAGCCGCUCCAAUAGGGAUAAGGAGGAAAAUGUUAGUGUAGGCCCCAAGGGCCAUAGCACCAACAUGCCCAAUCUAGUGUCAGGUCUGACAGCCACCAGUGGGGAUGGCUUUAUGACCUCAUCCCCAGCCCCACUCGCUGGAGCCCCCCAGGCACCAGAGCCUGCAUGGCUGGCUACGCCAACCUAUGUGAGGCCCCCACGACCAGUCACCUUGGACACCUCCUCUCGGGGUGCCCUACGAUUUCAGGAGGAGAUGCAAAGUCAGCUUCCACUGCUUGUCCACCUCCAAGCAGCUAUGGCAAACCCUCGCGCCUUACAGGCCCUCUUGCAAAUUGAGAAUGGCCUACAAACAUUGGCCACCGAGGCUCCCCGUCUCCUGCUCUGGUUCAUACCUUCCCUGGGAGUCCUGGGGAUCCCAUCAGUCAUUGCUGAGGCUGAGAUGGGCACCUUUCCCCUAAACCAUCCAACAUCAGUGGCAAACCCAGAGGAGCCCCCAGAAAUAGCUGCCCGAACUGUGUCCCUGGUCGAGGCUUGGCUGGGCAUGGAGAGGGCCCGGGAGGAAGCAGGCGACAGCAGGCUGGUGGCAGGCCGGGAGUCGCCGCGCAUCAUCACAGUAAUAGCAAAGACCCCGCAGGAGCGCCAGGAGUUCACCCUGGCAGAAAACUGCAGUAUCAGGGAGUUCAAAGAGCAGAUCUCAAAACGUCUUAACUGUGAUGUGAAUCGUCUGGUGCUUAUCUUUACAGGGAAGAUCCUGCGAGACCAGGACACACUGAACCAGAGGGGAGUCCUCGAUGGCACCACUGUCUAUCUGGUGGUGCGGAACCGCUUUCCUGGAUUCACCUGCUCAUGCCAUACAACUGCCACUCCUGCAUCCUCAAAUCAACCUCUCCCAGGUAGCAACAGCCCCGGGUCUUCAGACAGCACAGGGGCUGCUGGUCUGCUGGCCAGGCUGGGCCGCAUAGCCCAGUGCUCCCCGGAUCUGGCAGACUUCCUUGGCCAUCUGACUCAGCUCCUCAUGGCAGUCCCUGAAGCUAUGGUGCAAUUUCUGGAUGAUCCCUCCACACAAGGUCUGCUGGGUGAAACGCCAUCCAGCACUGAUCCUUCUCCUGGCACUGGACCCGGACGGCUGGUGGCUCAGCCACAGACUGCUCCACCAGCCCAAGCUGCUGAGACAGUGCCUGAGGCCCUGAGGAGCCCUGCUCUGCUGAGGGAAUUGUUGAUGCUAAGAGCAGAUGAGAGAGGCCAGGGGGCUUUAAAGGCUGUUCCUGGGGGCGACAAUGCUCUGCGACAGGUCUAUGCUGAUAUCCAACAGCUGAUGCUCACAGUUCCGGCCUCAGCUCACUGCGCCAAAGGCCCGGCUUCCUUGUCUGGUUCUUCUAGUUCUUCUCCCUCAGUGGGGCCUCUUCGUCUGGGAAAUACGUGGCCUGGGGUGCAGGGCCAGGUUCUGGGAGCCUCAACACAACCUACGUCACCCUAUAGCUCUGGUAUGCCCAAUCUGUGCAUGGGUUUGGGACCUGGAUCACAGGAUGUGUCCCCAACUAUGGGCAAAGGCUCCCUGCCAGGCCCAUCCAUACCCUCUGCAUCUACCCUGAGAAAUGCUCUGCAUGUACUGCAUCAAAACCCAACCCUAUUGCACCAGCUCACUGCCGGUAGCCCUCUGAGGCCCCGUCUGCCACUGCUACCUAUCCUCACUAAUCCACGGGCUCUACAGGCUUGGCUACAGAUUGAGCAGGGCCUGCAGACACUCUCUGUGGAAAUUCCAGGGCUGGAACCCUGCCUUCGGGGUUCUGGAAGGCCCCAUGGGAGUCAUGGGGGAGGUGUGGCUGGUAGGUCAAACUCUCGAGUGUCCUCCCAGCAACCCACACUAGCUGUGCUGCAGCUCCUCCAGGCCUUGGCCCAUGCGAACCCCAAUACCCUUCAGACCCCACCGCCACCACUACUGCCACCACCCCCAGCAGAGGGCCGCUUCCAGCAGGAACUGGACCAACUGAAGGCAAUGGGCUUCUCCAACCAUGAUGCCAACAUGCAAGCACUGAUUGCCACUAGCGGAGACAUCCAUGCCGCUAUUGAGAGGCUGCUGGGCCCCCUCAGGCCUAGCACCCUGACUGCUACCCUGGGGAGCCUGGACAGGGAGAGGGAGAGAGAGAGGAAGAGGAAAUAACUCAUUUUCGGAUAAUCUCCUAUGCAAAUCAGAGAUCACUGUGGACAGCACCGCUCUGGCCGCUGUCUCAUUCUCCACUAAAAGGCUGCUGCUUGGCCACAUGU